GGAGCAGUUCCCUCAGUGUUGCCAAUGUGAGGGAAUUUUCCCGACUGGCGGGAUAUUUAACCACCGCAUGGAAUUUUUUCGGGAAUGAUCAUGUUGGGGGAAAUUUGGGGAAUUUUUCACAUUUUAUUCGUGAAAUGGGACAAAUACUUAUAAAAUAAAAUAUAAAAUGCUUAUGUACCUUUGAUGAAUAUUAAGUACAGUUUUUAAUUAUUAAUUACAACAUUUUUAACUGCUCUGUGAUAAUGGUCGCUUGUUCUUGUACGAGACCUACUCUGUGGUAAUCGAAAAUAAACAGCAGUUUAGCCACAGCCACAAACACGCGGAACGAAAGGCAGCGCCGCGCCACGCCAGCGCGUAACACUUUACCACAAGUUAGGUUAACGUUUGUUUAUGAUUGUGUUGUUCUUUUAUUGUUUAAAAUGGAGAGGUGGCUGAUUAAGAAAUCUACUGCUAGUGAGUGUAACACUGUAGAAAGGAAUGAUCCUGAUGAAAACGAGGAGGAGGGUUCCAGUUCCAUCGAAAUGGACUUGGAUUCCAUGGACAACCACGAGCUGACUAGUGAAGAGGAAUCGUUCUCGAACGUUGAAAAGCCUUCCAAAAAGAAACGAGAAAAAGGAAUGUAUGUGAAUAAAUUUUGUGAAUCAUGGCUUAGCGUACCACAAUUUCAAAACUGGCUGAAGAAAUCUAGAAGAACAGACAAGAGUGGACAUGACUUGUGUUACUGCGUUUUAUGUAAAACGGAAAUAAUGUGCCACAAAACUGGAAUAUUACGCCACAGCUUGUCCAAAAAGCACAAUUUGAACAUGAAACAAGUAUCCACAAAUACUAAAAUCCCAAAUUUAUAUAAAAUCUCGCCAACAGACGACAAUGUCAGAAAUGCUGAAUUAAAAUUAUCUGCUUUGUUAGCCACCAAUAAUUUAUCUUUUUCACUAAUGGAUACCUUAGCUCCAUUGUGCAAAAAUAUCUUUCCGGACUCUGAGAUAGCACAAAAACUAUCGCUUAAAAGGACGAAAGCUACUGCCUUAAUCACAAACAGUUUGGGAAAGUUUUUUUUUGAGGAUCUGUACUCUAUUCUUCAAAUUCCUGGCACAUUUUUUUCUAUUAUCAUGGAUGAGACGACAGAUAUUGGAGUAAAAAAACAGUGUGCGUUUACUGUAAUUUAUUGUGAUCCAAAUAGUGGCAAAAUUGUGACAAAGUUUUUUGACAUGAUAGAAAUUAGUUCAGGUAAAGCGGAAGAUCUGUAUAGAUCACUUAAAGAAGUAAUUGUAAGCAAAAAUAUUCCUCUUACAAAUCUUGUUGGGUUUUCUUCAGAUACAACCAAUGUCAUGGUUGGACAUAAUAAUUCAGUUUUUUCAUUUUUAAAAGCAGAAUUAAAAAACAUUGUUUGUGUAAAAUGUUCUUGUCAUAUGAUUCAUUUAAGUGCAUCAAAAGCAUGUUUGAAACUUCCACGUUCAGUGGAAGAUUUACUUAGAAAUUUAGGGUCUCAUUUUAAUAGAAGCCACUUGCGACAAGAAAGAUUUCGAGAAUUUCAAGAGUUUUUUAAGACAGAUAUUCAUAAAAUACUGUCACAUGCUACUACUAGAUGGUUGUCUAUGAAACAAUGUACUGAUAGAGUACUGGAACAGUAUGAUCCACUUAAGGCUUAUUUGAGAGAAUUAACUUUCACAGAUCCUUCAAUAAGUAACGAUGACAUGUUGAAAACCAUCGAAAAUCAUUUUACUAAAAUAUAUUUAGAAUUUAUGUCGUAUACUUUAGAAUUGUUAAAUGGGUUUAAUCUAAUGUUUCAAUCAGAAGCGCCCCUAUUGCAUAAAUUAAAACCUCAAGUAGAGAGCCUAUUAAAAUCACUGUGCAGUAAUUUUAUAGAUGUUAAGUACAUUAGAAAACAAGGUUCCGUUUUGAAAUUAAACCAUACUGAUCCCACCAAUUUCGUUCCAUUAGAUCAGCUGUACCUUGGUAUUCAAGCAUCUGAAAGCAUCCAGAAUUUAAAGAACGAUCCUAAUGUAGCACGAGAAGACAUUGAAAGGUUUUUUAAAAGUUGCUUAAAUUUUUAUAUUGAGGUUGUAACUGAUAUAAAAACUCGAUUUGAUUUUAGUGAUCCUGUGUUUGAAAUAAUUAAAAUUGUUGAUCCAGGGUUUGCAUAUGGAUUUGAAGUAAAAUCACUAAAUUUUGUAGUUAAAAGAUUUCCAUUUUUAAAUGAUUUUAUAGAUAUUCAAGAAUUGGAUAAUGAAUGGAAAGAACAUGCUUUGUUGGACUUACAUAAAUUAGGUAUUAAUAUUUCAUAUGAUGCACAGGAAUAUUGGCAAAAAAUAUUUGCCUUAAAAAACGCUGCGAAUAUUGAGCUUUUUAGUAACUUAAAGACAGUUAUUAAUUUCCUCUUAGUUUUACCGUUUUCAAAUGCUUCUGUGGAAAGAAUAUUCAGCGAUUUAAAAAACAUAAAAACUGACCAUAGAAACAAAUUAAAUACGGCCACUAUUAACGCUCUAAUAGCAACAAAACAAGGAAUUACUAAUGUUGUAGAAUUUAAGGUAGAUAAAACUAUGUUGAAAUCGAACAUUUGGAAAGAAAAAUAAAAAGUUCUCUGGUUGUCUUGUUUUUUCUUUGUAUACGAAAUCUUAUAUCAUAGUGUUUGAUAUACAAGAUGUUCGUUGAAGAGAUCGUAUAUAUACACAGAGUGGUAUAUUAAAUGUACGAAAAACUUCAUUUAUAUACGUACCCAUAGGCACUUCAGUAUUUAGUAUCCUUCAAAGGUCACACUUGCGGGUUGGAAGAGAGAAAAUAAUGAAUAACCGCAUUUUUCUUUUGGGGCGGGAAAAAUUGGGAAUUUUUUGUAUGGAUAGUUGGAUUUCUGCAUUUUUAUGAUUGGCAACACUG